GCGUGCAACCAUAGUCAGCAGUUAGGGAACCAUCCUUUUCAUGCUGGAAACCAGAAAUUUGGGUGAAGAAGUAAAUUUACCAAGGAUGUUUGGUCCGUGUAGCAACAUUUUUUGACAUUUUAAAAUCCAUCAGGUUCUUCUUACAGUGACCAUGAGGAAGACUGGAGCUAGAUUGACCCUGUCUGGUGCAAUGGCAAGACAGCCACACCUGGAGCCAUUGGACACUAGUGAGAUUAAAAGCUCAAGUGUGACUAAAGCAGAAAAAGAAAUAAAGCUGUUAAAACAAGAAAAUCGGAAGUUAAAGGAUGAUCUAACAGAAGUCAGGUCAUUGUACAAUCAGCUAGUACAGGAGAAUAGCCAUGAGAAGUUUGAUGAAAGGAGGGUAACUCUGUUGAAGUCACAGAUUAUACAGCUAGAGAGACAGUUGCUGUUAUUUAGUGAAGCCCUCACAUCUAGAAGUGAGACUUUGUUUGAUGUAGAGAAUAAUCUUCAGUGGCUGGCAGAUAAAUGCAGGUCAUUAAUCAGUAAAGAUGUGAGAGGUGCUCAAGUUCCUGUAGAUAGAUCAGAGUUAACAUUGAUGGUAGAGACCACAGAAUCUGCAAGGAUCAAGUUGUACAAACAGAUAGAGAAUAGAUCCACGGAAAAUUUAUCUAGACCAUUGAAAUUCACCAGUGAUUUUCUACAGUCUAGUAGAGAACAUGAUGUUACACUGUUAGAGAUAGCCUCUGGAAAUCUGGAACAUUUAAAUCUCAAACAUGUGACAAAGUUAGAAACAAAACUUAGCUCCCUUUACAAGGAUCUCAUUCAGCUACAUUCCAUCAUGGAACCUGAAAAUGACAGUGACUCUGCGUAUUUAUGGACUUCCUGUCAUGUGACCACACCUGCCAGAGAUAGGCUAAUGACCCAGAUUCUGAAAACAUGUGCAGUGAUGAAAGAAUGUAGCUCAGACCUUCUUGAUUUAUCAUUAUUGUAUCCCAGUGCACCUUGGCCACCACUGAAGACAUGUGCACUUAAAGAGAUCACAGCAGAGAGAGUGUUGGCAUGGUUACCAGCUAGGUCAAGGUCAAGGUCAGAGGACAUGAACCAAAUGAUAAAAGCAUUGGUGAAAGCUUUCAACUAUAAAGUUUAUAUGCUUCAAAACCAGAAUAAAUGUUUGAGAGAAGAGGUGAAGUAUCAUCAGAAAGUUUACAAUCUGCAGCUCAAAUAUACAGAGUCUUUAUUUCAAGCUAUAAGGGAAGCCUACACAAGUUUUGAAGAUACUAGUAAUGACUUGAUAGUGAAACCAAUUAAUGUGGUUCUAGAAGCUUACAUGGAUUUGAGUCAGUCAGCAUCUGAGGUUUCCCUUAAAAAAUUCAUACAGACAUUUAAAGACCAGGUUCCACAGCUGAGCACUAUAGUGGAGACAAUUCAAGUGAAAGCAUUUGAAGAAUCAGAAGAAAGGUCAAAGCCAAGGUCAAAAGAAAAAGCACUACAUAAGAAAGAAUGGGUCAGCAUAUUAGAUGACGAGCCUUUAGAGAGAGGUUUAUCUGAUCUAAAUUUAGAAUCUCAUGAAACAGAAAGAGAACAUUCGGAAAGUGAUACAAAAGAAAUGUCAGAUGCGGAACUUUUUAAUUAUCUUUCAAAAACAGAUUUUGGGCAAGAUAUCCACACAAGUGUUGACAGCAUUGAUACAGGUGUUAAUAAACAUAGUGAGACUACUACCAGUCAAAAACCUCCGAAAUUAAAAAAGAAAAAACUUGGAUAUGUGCCAAAUACCUUUGUACCAAACAAAACUCUUCAGUUGAGGAGAUCAGGAAGUUUAAGUAGACUGUCCUCUAAAGAAGAAAGUUUUGAAAGUAAUCAGUCUGCUAAUGAGAGACCAGUCUCUCAGGAGGAAGUACUUACUGAGAAAAUAGGGAAACAAAGUCAGGGGAAAGGCUUCCACAGAAGUAGACCAGCAUUUAGGUAACAUACCUCAGUUCAUAAAUUAUCUCAGGGGAGGAGCGACCAAGUGAUAAGCAUAUCUACAUCUCAACCCAGGCAUCAUCUAUUCAAACUAUAUUUGGGUCAUGUCCAUAUUUUGUCAUGUAUGUUCCAUUUCAAUUUCUUUUGUGAUUGAAAUAGGCUGUCAGAUUUCUCACAAUCAAGCUUACAGUAUGUUUCAAUUAAUUGCCUCAUAAUUUAAUUCAUUUGUUUUCUUACAAAACUGUUGUUACAUGUAGUUAUAAAACAAAAACAUGAAUUGCUUACUUCAUGUAAUUUUCUUUUUACGGAGUUUCUCAUUUGUCAGAAAUUUUAUUAUUAUUUAAAUAUUUGCAAAAUGAUCAAACCUUAUUAUAACAUUACAAUUAGUAUAAUUACCAUAUUUUUAUACCCUAAUAUGUACUUGGAUUGACCAAAAUAAACAAUACCUCAGUGAGACAACUUAGGGUACUAGUGCCUGAUAAUAAUUUAUAUUGAUCUCGCAGAAUGUUUUGUAUAUUUAUUGUUAAACAUUAUGCAACUUUAUAGUUAUAUUGCCUUAUUUGUUUUGCAAUGAAAUGUUACAAAUUAUGUUAUGCAAAUAAAUUUUAUUUUACAGA